AUGGGGCAGCAGGGAAUAGAGCCUCACAGCAAGAAGGUUCUGGGUUCGAACCCGACUGCUGCCUUGGGUCUACCUGUGUCAAUUCUGCACGUUCUACCUAUCGGCAUGUUUUCUGCAGGCUCAGUGUCUCUCAGUGUUUUCCUGGUGUCUGUUGCGUUUGUCGUGUGUGCCGUUUGGCUGGUUGCUCUCUGUGGCGUCUGCACCUGGUGUCAACGUAAACUGGGGAAGAGGAAUAAGCCCUGGGUGGAGGCGGCGAGCUCUCCAGAGUCUGUGCGAGGUCGAGGGGAAAAUAAAGCCAUCAAUCACACUGAUCUAGACAGAGACUUUUGGAAUAACAAUGACAGCAGCAAUGUGCAACAGAGAUGGACCUCCUACCCGCCCAAGGAGUUCCUCUUAAACAUGUCUCCCUAUGCCCCGUACGGAGACCCUCGCCUCACACCCAACGAGGGGAAGAUGGUUGUUCUGUCUCUAGCUAUCGGGCUGGCUGAACAGGAUGACUUUGCCAACCUCCCAGAUCUACAGGAAGCUCCAGCCAGCCAAGAAAAUGAAACCACACCAGAAAAGAGGACUCCAGGUAAACCAGGCAGUAGCCCCAGAGGUCAAACCCCAGAUGAGAGCGGACGCCGCCACGAUGCCAACUCCUCUGUGUCUGACUUGGCCAACUCAGCCACCAGUGACAUGCUCAUGUUGUCUCCAGGUUCCGAGGAAGACGACCACGAGGGUCCGGUGUGUGAAAAGCUGGGUCGUGUUCAGUUCAGCGUUGGGUACAGUUUUCAGGACUCCACCCUCACCGUCAAAAUCCUGAAGGGCCAGGAUUUGCCUGCAAAGGAUUUUUCCGGCACCUCUGACCCAUUUGUCAAACUGUACCUGCUGCCGGACAAGAAGCACAAACUGGAGACCAAAGUGAAGAGGAAGAAUCUAAACCCCCACUGGAAUGAAACCUUCUUGUUUGAAGGGUUCCCUUACGAGAAGGUGGUCCAGAGGACUCUAUACCUGCAGGUUCUCGACUACGACCGCUUCAGUAGGAAUGACCCAAUAGGAGAGGUGUCCAUCCCCCUUAACAAGCUUGACCUGGCCAACAUGCAGACGUUCUGGAAGGAGCUGAAACCAUGUAGCGAUGGCAGCGGGAGUCGAGGGGAUCUGCUGGUGUCUCUGUGCUACAACCCCACAGCCAACGUCAUCACUGUGAGCAUCAUGAAAGCCCGAAACCUCAAAGCCAUGGACAUCGGAGGCACUUCUGACCCAUACGUAAAAGUGUGGUUGAUGAACAAGGACAAACGUGUGGAAAAGAAGAAGACAGUGGUAAUGAAGCGCUGUCUGAACCCUGUGUUCAACGAGUCCUUCCCCUUCGAUGUGCCUGCCCACGUGCUGAGGGAGACCACCAUAAUUAUAACCGUCAUGGACAAGGACAGGCUCAGUCGCAAUGAUGUCAUUGGAAAGAUCUAUCUUUCGUGGAAAAGUGGCCCUGCAGAGGUAAAGCACUGGAAGGACAUGAUGGGUCACCCUCGCACCACUGUGGCUCAGUGGCACGCUCUCAAGACCUGA